AUGAAGGACACCGGCAAGUGGCCAGCACCAGCACCUGGCAAGAGAGUCUUGGAAAGGAGGCGGCGCCUGGGCCCCCUGAGGUCAGCCAUCGCCAGCACCUUCUGGGAGUACACGGAGCGGACGAAGGUAAGCGGAAUGUGGCUGCUGCGACGUCAGCGCACCCACGGAUUGUCCAGAUUCAUUUGGUCCUCGGUGCUGCUGCAGUUGCUCCUGCUGAGUAUCUACCUGACCCUCCUACUCUGGCUGAAGUUCUAUUCGUAUCCCAUUUUGAACACCAUCUCAAACGAUCUCUCCAUCACGGACGUGGCCUUUCCCGGCGUCACCAUCUGCAGUCCCAAGGUGGUCAACACUGAGCGUGUGGAACGCUACGUCAAGACCCUUAAUAUUCCCCCAGAGUACGAGAUGACUGAUGUGGCAGCAGGGUUCGAGUUCCUUAACGCUUUCACGGACCAGAGCUUCGAGCCGCCGGCCCACGAGAGUUACAAAGUCACCGAUGCGGUGCUUCGGAUGAACAACGUGAGCGUCUGGGAGGCAGCCAUGGCCGUCAGUCCGGGUUGCUCGGACUAUGUAAAGAGAUGCUUCUGGGGCCACACUGAGUUCCCAUGCAACCAAAGCCACGAGUAUCUCUCCUUCAUACCGACGACGGCAUAUUUGGGCCCGUGCUGCUCCUUCAACUAUAAUCCGCGCAACUCCAGCUAUGUGCCCUUUUCGGCCAACAUCUUUGGCAUGGAUGGGGGUCUCACCUUUGUCGGCGCUGAGGGCUCUGAGCGCAAUCUCAACACGGGUCUUAUAGUCCUUGUCCACCAUCCCAUGGACUAUGUCACCGAGUCGGCCUCCUCUGUGACAAUCACCGCCCGAUCUGAGAGCUUUCUUGAAGUGUCGCCCACCGUACAGAGCUCUUCGGCGGAGGUACUGGAAUUGUCGGAACGAAAGCGGGACUGCCUCAUCUCGGACGACUUGAGGCUCCGAAACUACCGGCAGGCCGCCUGCCUGCUCUCCUGCCAGACGGAGGCCAUCGUCGCGAAGUGCGGCUGUCAUCCGUAUCUCCUCCCCAUCGUCGGCAACCAGUUCAAGGAGUGCAAUCUAAAUGAUACAUUCUGCUACUCGGCCAACUAUGACAACUUUAAGAGUGUGCGAUGCGACCAGUGUCUGCCCAAUUGCUACGAUGUAACCUACUCCACGCUGUCCUACAAGACGGACCUCAAUCAGCACCAGUUCUCAGUGAGCCGCUACUACUCUCGUGAGCUGCUCAACAGCGAUAGCUUUGUGCUGCGUGUCUAUCUGGCCAAGCAGGUCGUUCCGGUCAUUCGAAAGGUGACGGUCAUGUCUUGGAUCGGUCUUCUCUCUGAUCUUGGGGGCAUUUUCAAUCUCUGCCUGGGCCUGAGCAUGAUUUCCAUUAUUGAGUUCUUCUACUACUGCAUAUAUCGCUUGUACAUCAACUAUCAGCUUCAGAAGGAGCAGUUGCCAAGGAAGGCGUGGCAAUAGACCCAACUGC